GUGUCAUGUGGCUGUUAAAAAGGGUUACCACAAACUCUAGAAGCUUAAACUAGCUCGGGUAGCGCUUCACUGCAAGCCUCAACGGUCGUUUCAAUUCACCGAAAGCCUGAAUAAUGUUCACCUACUUUUUCAAAUUUGGCGCGCCUGGUUGUUUUGAAGUUGGUUCGUUCGGUCGCUAAAGCACAAAAUUUGCAACAAUAAAAUUUGACACAUUUUUGGAAAUGUGGCAACGCUUCUGUCCCGAAAAUCGUGCAAUUUUUCUCUGAAAAUAAAACAAUCGGGGUAAAAUCGGGCGCAAAGUGUUAAAAUAAUCCCGAAUUGCAGUCAUUUUGUGAAAAAGUGGGGACUGAGCGGACAAAGCUGCAUUCUGCAGUGUGAUUCCCGAAUGUCAGAAUUGUUUUGUUGAAUGGUUAGGUGCUAUUUUCUGGCUAGUUGAGUCAAGAGGACCACAUUCCACCUGCAGUUUCGGCGUGUCUUUGUCGCGUGUUGCUGCGACCAGCGGAGGCGCUGUCAAUGGGCAUUUGGGCCCGUUCGCCCCACGGAAGGACCCUCUGGUGGUAGCGUGCGCUCGGCCCGAUGGAAGUGCUGCCUCUUUAGUGCGACAGGCUCUGAUAUGGUCUUGAAUGCGUUGGAUAACUGUGCUUUGUAACAUCAAUGGUUUCUGGAGAUGGUGUGUAAAGAGGAUGUUUUAUCAUGGUUUAAGGACUUGGAGGGUUACAAGAGAAUAGAUGUACUUUACGAACUGUUGAAUAUGUGCGUCCCUUUCGAGCUCCGUUUCUUGGGCACCUGCAUCGAGGAGCUGGGCAAACACACCUACCAGGAACUACGCGGACCAGCCAUCAACGCCAACGACCUGGACAGACUGUCCAAGGACACCUCGUUCUCGCAGAGUCUCCUCGACGAGAACGUCAGGCACAGAGUGCUAAUCUACCUGUCUCUGCUCUCCUCACGGAACUAUAGUGUUGCCAAUUGGCUGUACAAAAACGUUCUAAGGACAGACUGGCUCGAGGAUUGUAUAGUGAAGGGAAAUCUUAAGGAUGAAAUUGUUCAGAGUGAAUUUUUGUUGUUGUUUGUCAUGGCUUUGCACCAUCCUGCUUUUACUUUCGAACAAAAGUUACAUUUUAACCAAAUACUCAGUCUCCUUUUAGAGCUUAGGGAAAGUAAAAAAAGGAUUUCGCCCAAGCCUAGCAGUUACGGAUAUCCGCCCGGAUUUGGAUACCCCACCGCAAAAAUGAAUAUUCAAGAGGGUCCAAUCGUCCCUGUAAAAACUUCAAUGACCAUCCCGUGCGGUGAGGACACCCUUCACCAGCAAUCCCCGGGUCUUCCACACGUUCCACCACUUCAGCCGCAUCAGGAGUUCGUCACGUGGAACAUUCCGGGCUUUGCGUGUGGAGCGCCGGAUUUGGGAAAGGUACCGCCCCCGUUCCCGAUGCCCCCAACUGUAUCACCCCUAGUCAGCGAAUCAACGUCACCGAACCACAGUCGUAGCACCUCACCGCAUCGAACAAUAGUCACGUUACGGUCGACGCCGAUGCCGCCCCCACAGACAACCCGCCCGAUUGACACCACCAUACCGACGCAGUUACCCAUCGACCCGCUCUCUCCAAAUAAUUUCCCUUUUCUUCAUCCCGCUGAGAACGUUAAAAUGCCCGACGAGGAUCUGAACUCGAUACCGGAGGACAAGCUGUUGUUGGAGGGUUCUUGGGUGACGGUCCCGAUGAAAGAAGUGAAGCAGCCAAACGGUAUUCGCUUGAGCGCGUGUCCUACAAAAAACAGCCAUCGGCAUUUCGUGGAGCAUUUUCAGGGACUGAGCCUAAACGACGGCGAAAACUCGCUCCACCGCUCGAACUCGUCCAGCAGCAGCAGCUUGAACCAAACGCCCCCCGAGACUCCGGCCGCGACGCCGCACCCGCCGCAGAAGGCCCGCGUGAACGGCAUGCCCUUCAUCCCGCCGGCGCCGGGGCUGCCGCUGUGCGACACGACGUCGCCGCCGCCGCCGCCGACGCCCACCUUCAACAACUGCUCCGUGCCUUACACCACUUAUCAGUUCACCGCCAUCCCCACCAGGUCAAUGUUCCCAUACAACCAGUCGUACCGACCGCCAUUCCCGCACUUUCAGUCCUAUCAGACGAACGAAAAUUCCUUUCAGACCUACUCCUACAUGCCCCUCAUGUUUUCCAGUCCGUUCCCGCCUAGGAACCCCAACUGCUACAACUGCGGGGCCAUGGGGCACUCCGGACAAGACUGCACGGGGCAGAACAUAGAGGAUAUAACGCAGAAAAAGACGUACAUGAUUGAGUUCGCGCCGCCGCCGCUCCCUGACGCCGAUAAAUAGUAGUGGUUUCGUGUUGUGCAUAAUUGUUUCUGUAAUAGUCACAAGUGAUUUGGACAGUUACCGUACUGCUAUUGAGACAGUGAUUUUGUAAAAUAGGAGGAAAGAUGUGAAUUAUUUGUAAAAAAUCUUUAAGCUUUGAUGUUUUGUUACUAAAAUAUGGCCUGGCGUCAUAGCACUGAUCGUUCUUAGCUGUGGUCCGAACUUUACGAUAGGUGGUAUGUGCGUUUUCUAAAUACUGUUACUUCUUUUUAUCACGUUCUUGUACAGAAUCUCGAAAGUUUUACGUCCGCUUUUUUGUGUCUUGUCAAUUUAUUUAGUACAAUUUUCAGUAGCGAAUUUUUUUCUAAGAUGUACUUACUUCAUAUGGUGAAGUUCCAAUUUUUAGACGUUUUAAUUAUAUUUAAGCAAUUGCCACAAUAUUUAUAAGGAAGUGAGAUUAUUUAUUAAUUUGUUAUAUUUGUUUUCAAUACUCUCUUUUUAACUACCAAUCAUUGUCCUAUGCAUAAUUCUGUAUACUUCUGUCAUCAUGAUUUUACUGUACAUAGUGACUAGUUAUUACAUAGUUAAUAUUAAAUAUUGAUAUAUUUAUAAUACAAUCAGCAUUUGACUGAAAGUUUAUUUGAAAGUAAAGAAUAAAGAUUUUUUAACACA